GUAUAUAAUAAUAAGUUUGACUAAGCGAGGGAUACAUACGUGAGUGGAAUGUUGAUUUAAAUAUACUAACGUCUCCAUUUAUUUGAGGAACACCUUAACACAUCAAGGAAGUUCAACACUUGCUGCGACAACCUUAAGUUGUUUAAUGCCUCAUAAAGUCAACUUGAAAUAUUUAGAAAGAACUCACCUACCAAACCUGAUAGAUCUUCUCAUUAUCAAAGUAACCAAUAGCAACCACACAAAUUGGAGAAUUUGCCAACUCAAGUCUUAUCAAAGAUAACAAAACUAUUUAACACUUUCUAACUGAUACAAAGUUUCUUCCCAAAUACCUAUAGCUGAGUCAUGGCAUCAGCUCUCAAGGAACAGUUAGCAUCAAGAUUUGUCAAGGAUGGUUCUUCUUCUGAUAUUCUGACUACAGGUCGCCAAGGUUCAAGGAAUGACAAGGAGCCAAGAGAGGGAGAUCUUAUUGGAGAUGAAGACAGUGCUCGGCACAUGAGAUGGAGGGAACAUUGGAACGCUAAAACUCCAGUGACGGAACUGAAACCUAUGUCAAAACCAGUACAUACAGUGAUACUGACAUACACAGACAGUAACCCGUGCCAAGGGGUUGACGAGUGUGAUAUGGCAGUGAGACAGCUGCAGGACAACUAUCAGCAGAACCUUAAUCUACCCGACAUACCGUACAAUUUCCUGGUCUCAACGGAUGGUAACGUAUAUGAAGGUAGGGGGUGGGACUACAGACCUUUUGUUCCGAAAAAGGCGUUCCCAAGACUAAGGGGUUCAAGAAUAGUCAUCGCUCAAAUCAACGUAAAUUUUGACGAUUCAAUACUACCACCAGCAGACAGUGCUACUUGGGAUCUUAUACAGUUUGGUAUAAACAACGAUUUCAUCCAUUCAGAGGCAAAAAAGAUCGUUUCAGCUCCAUGGAUUUAAUAAAACUUUUUACUAUUAACAA